CAGUUUUCCUCAGAGACGUCCACUGAAGAAACAGUCAUAGGUACAGAAAUGAGUCUGCUGUCUGUCCUGCUGCCUCUGACAGGCCUUCUCUUCUUGAUCUCUUCGGCGUCUGGGUCCCAGUCCAGCGUGCCCUACCCAGUCAGCUGUGUGACCCGCGGGGCCGACCUGAUGGAGGACGGGGCGGUGGUUUUAUGUCCUCCAGACUGCACCCAGUGGAGGGUGUCGGUGUUCGGGACAGGAAUCUACGCAUCCGUCUCCUCCGUCUGUGGAGCCGCUGUGCACAGGGGGGUGCUGGGUCCGUCCGGAGGCCCAGUCAGGGUUCACAAACUGCAGGGACGCCACAACUACAUGAGCUCCUACUCCCACGGGAUCCAAUCACAGGCCCUGUCCCGCUGGACCGCCUCCUUCAGCCUCACCAAGCCCGUUAAUGUUCCAUUAGAGCUGACCAGUGAGACCAGUACCACAGCUCUGCCUGCAGCUGCACAACCAGCAGCAAAAAAAACACCGAAGAAGCCCUCAGUGAAGAAAGCUCUGCCAGGUGGAAAUAAAGACUGUCAGAUGGACAUCGCCAUGGUGAUCGACAGCAGUAACAACAUCGGCAAGCGGAGGUUCAACCUGCAGAAGAACUUUGUCGCCAAACUGGCCGCCACGUUGAGAGUCGGACCAACAGGACCGCAUGUAGGCCUGAUACAGGCCAGUGACUCUCCCAAGACAGAGUUUCUACUGACCAACUACACUCAGCCUAAAGAUCUGCUGUUUGCCAUCAGGGAGCUGGCCUACCUGGGAGGAGACACCAACACGGGUAAAGCCAUCAUGCACGCAGCGGAGACCUUCUUCAUCCAGGAGACCGGGGGGAGGCGGGGGCACCCCCGGGUGAUGAUGGUGCUGGUUGACGGGUGGCCGUCCGACGACCUGGAGCAGGCAGCCAUGUUGGCCCGAGAGUCCGGCAUCAACGUCUUCCUGGUGUCUGUGGCCAAACCGGCACCCGAGGAGCUCUCCAUGGUGCGAGACAAGGACUUCGUGAAGAAGGCGGUGUGUAAAGACAACGGUUUCUUCAGUUUCUCGAUCCCCAGCUGGUUCAGCACCACCAAACACGUCAAACCUCUCGCGCAGAGACUCUGCUCGCUGGACGGCCUGCUCUGCAGUAAAACCUGCUACAACUCGGUCAACAUCGGUUUCCUCAUUGACGGUUCGUCCAGCGUCGGUGAGGGCAACUUCCAACUGGUCCUGGACUUCCUGGCGGGAAUUGCCAGGAGCUUCGACAUCUCAGAUGUGGGAGCUCACAUUGGUGCGGUGCAGUUCACCUACGAGCAGAGACUGGAGUUUGGCCUGUUGGAUCACUCCAACAAAGACGUGGCCAUCAAUGCCCUAAAGAGGAUCUCCUACAUGAGUGGAGGGACGGCCACCGGAGGAGCCAUCAGCUACACCACCCAGAACCUGUUCAGCAGGCGGACAGGACCGGGCCGCAACUUUCUCAUCGUGGUGACAGAUGGUCAAUCGUAUGACGACGUGAGAGGCCCGGCGCUGGCUGCACAGAAACAAGGCAUCACCAUCUACUCCGUGGGCGUGGCCUGGGCCCCCAUUGACGACCUCAGAGCAAUGGCGUCAGAGCCGAAGGACAGCCACACCUUCUUCGCCAAAGAGUUCACCGGCCUGGCUGACUUCAUCCCUCUGCUGGUCCGAGGCAUCUGCCGAGACUUCACUGAGAACAACUAAGAACGCGCUCACACACGUUUGUACUUCUGUGUUUGUGAUGACAACCUUGACUCUAACCUCAACCAAACGUCCUCAGUCUUCCUUUGUCCUCACAAAGAUAUAAGCACACUUUUGAGGUCCCUACUAACAUGUAUUGCCUAGCUCAUGAGCCCGUAAACCCAAAAAACCGUAACUCUCAAAAUGUCCUUGCUUUGCCUAUAGAACAACGGGUCCUCACAAACAUAGGAGCGCAUGUUUGUACCUGUAUACUUGUGAGGUCCUUCACUGACAUACACUGCCGAGCACCUAAACCUGAAAUCAAAUCUUAACGCGUUGGAGAAGUGGGAACCAAACAAACGUCCCCAUUAUCCAAAAUGUCCUCGCAAAGAUAGAAGUACAAGAGCCCACACACACACACACACACCCACACACACACUGUAUAUAUGCCGUACACAUAUACCCAUUAAUACUGAUACGAACGUAUGAAAACACAUGUACAUAAAAGACAUCUUAUAAAUCAGAUUUUUUUCUUCUAUUUAAUGGAGACGUUGGAAAAUCAUCAUCAUCA